CCCAAUCCCAAUCCCACAGAGCCGACCCUGGGAGCCUUUCCUGAUGAGGUCGCGCUUCUGAAAACCCCGUGACAGCUUCUGAGCAACCUCCUUGACAUGCUUUAUGAAGUCUUUAUUUCCGCAGCUCACUGCCGCUCUCCAGCCGUCCGUUCCAAUCUGAGGCGGUCCUGCUCGCCAUUGCUAGAAUACACUCUAGUCUGUCUCUUUGCCCACGCCUCUCACCGCUUAGACUCCUCUCCCGCGCCCUUCUCACUGUCAGGUCUUCGCUUACUUCUUCCUGAAGCCUCCCUGACGCCCCAAGCUGAGUGUCCUCGGAGCAGCAGGAAGUCCUGCCAGCUCUCUCGCCCCAGACGGUCUUGUCGCCUGGUCAAGCCUGUCGCCCCUGGGUGGCCUGGACUGGCGGCUUCUCGCCCUUGGAGCUCCAGCCACGUCGCCCGGCUCGCUUUCAGCUUCUAGAAGAUUCCCGCUCCUUCUGCCCCUCACCCCUCUUCCUUUGCCACCCCGGGGGUGCCUCCCUGAGCUCCCGACCGCCUUGGAUCCCGCGAUCGUUCCACACGCUUAAAGCACGGGAGACAGUUUCCUUCUGGCACAGUCCGGGACUCUACGUUCAGCUGUGUCACUAAGCCGGACCCGCAGCGUGUCCCCGGGCCCCCCGCGUACCCGGCGCGCAGCAGGGGGCACGGCCAGGUGAAGCCGCGAGUGGCUGAACGAGUGUCCCCCUUGGCGCGCGGGCCUGGCGGGGAGGAAGGGCCCGCGCACCGCCGCCGCCGCCACUCCGCGGGACCCCGCGGAGCCCUCAGCUCCCUAGCUUGGCGCCGGAAGCGGCCCGGCCGGCCCCCUCCCUGGGGCGUCCGACGCCUUAUCUCGGCGCCUUGGGGCGGCAAGAGGAGUCGCGGGCGCGCCGGGAGGGAGGCGGCGGCAUGGCCCGGGGGCCCCGGCGCGCCGGCUUCCCGCCUGGGCGCCUGCUGUCGCUCCUGCCGCUGCUCAGCCUGGCCCUCGGCGUGCCCCCAGCGCCGGGCGCGGACGCUUUAGAUGUCUGUGCCACUUGCCACGAACAUGCUACCUGCUUGCAAAGAGGAGGGAAGAAGAUGUGUAUUUGCAAAUACGGAUUUGUGGGCAAUGGGAGGACUCAAUGUAUUGAUAAAAAUGAGUGCCAGUUCGGAGCCACUGUGGUCUGUGGGAACCACACAUCUUGUCACAAUACACUUGGAGGAUUUUAUUGCAUUUGCCUAGAAGGAUAUCGAGCCACAAACAACAACAAGGUGUUCAUCCCCAAUGACGGCACCUUUUGCACAGACAUAGAUGAGUGUGAGGUUUCCGGCCGGUGCAGGCAUGGAGGACGGUGCGUGAACACUCGUGGGAGCUUUGAAUGCUACUGUAUGGAUGGAUACUUGCCAAAGGGUGGGCCUGAGCCUUUCCAUCCAACCAGAGAUGCCACGUCGUGCACAGAAAUAGACUGUGGCACCCCUCCUGAGGUCCCAGAUGGCUAUAUCAUAGGAAAUUAUACCUCUAGGCUUGGCAGCCAGAUUCGUUAUGCUUGCAAAGAAGGAUUCUUCAGUGGCCCAGAAGAUACAGUUUCAAGCUGCACAGCCUUGGGCACAUGGGAAUCCCCAAAAUUAAAUUGCCAAGAGAUCAACUGUGGCCGCCCUCCGGAAGUGCAGCAUGCGGUCCUGGUGGGGAAUCACAGCUCCAGACUGGGCGGUAUGGCUCACUAUGUCUGUCAAGAGGGCUUUGAGAGCCCUGGAGGAAAGAUCACUUCUGUUUGCACAGAGAAAGGGAUCUGGAGAACAAGUACUUUGUCAUGCACAGAAAUAAUUAUAGAAAUUAAUGACGUGUCAGUGUUUAAUAACACUUGUGUGAGGUGGCAAAUAAACCCAGGAAGAAUAAACUCCAAGGUCGUAUAUGUGAUAUACAUAAAAGGACAACGGUUGGACCCCAUGGAAACAGUUCAUGAGGAGACAGUUAAUUUGACCACAGACAACAGGACCCCGAAAGUGUGCCUAGAUCUGUACCAGGGCACCAACUACACCAUGCACAUUUCUAUUGCCUCUCCCAGACGCUCUGUGCCAGCCAUCAUUGAGUUCCAGACAGCUGGUGAUGAUCUCUUAGAAGAUGACAGGAUUUUCAAUAUUUCAGUACUUAAUGAAGCUUGUUUGAAAUUGAACAGGCAUUCUAGGAAAGUUGGAUCAGAACGAAUGUACCAAUUUAAAGUUCUAGGUCAAAGGCGGUAUCUGAAUAAUUUUUAUCACGCAACAUCAUUUAACUUCACAACGAGGGAACAAACUGCAGUGGUGUGUUUAGAUCUGUAUCCAGCAACUGAGUACACAGUGAAUGUCACCCUCCUGGGAUCUCCCGAGCAGCACUCAGUGCAAAUAACAAUGACAACCGCACCAGCAGUAAAACAGACCAUCAGUAACAUUUCAAUAUUUAAUGAAACCUGCUUGAGAUGGAGAAGUAUGAAGACAGCUGAUAUAGAGGAGAUGUAUUUAUUCCACAUUUGGGGCCAGAGAUGGUAUCAGAAGGAAUUUGCCCAGGAAAUGGUCUUUAAUAUCACUGCCAGCAGCCAGGCUCCUGAGACGUGUUUGGACCUGAGGCCAGGUACCAACUACAGUGUCAGCAUCCAGGCUUUGUCUUCUGAACUUCCUGCGGUCAUCUCCCUGACAACGCAGAUAACAGAGCCUCCCCUUCCGGAAGUAGACUUUUUCACUGUGCACGGAGGGCCUUUACCACGCCUGAGACUGAGGAAAGCCAAGGAGAAAAAUGGACCCAUCAGUUCAUAUCAGGUGUUAGUGCUUCCCCUGGCCCUCCAAAGCACAUUUGUUUGUGAUUCUGAAGAGGCUACCUCAUUCUUUAGCAAUGCUUCUGGUGCUGAUGGAUAUGUGACGGCAGAACUGCUGGCCAAGGAUGUUCCCGAUGAUGCCAUGGAGAUAUCUAUCGGAGACAGGCUGUACUAUGGGAAAUAUUAUAAUGCACCCUUGAAAAUAGGGAAUGAUUACUGCAUUAUAUUACGAAUCACAAGUGAAUGGAAUAAGGUGAGAAGAAGCUCCUGUGCAGUUUGGGCUCAGGUAAAAGAUUCAUCGCUCACGCUGCAGCAGAUGGUAGGCGUUGGGCUAGGCUCCCUGGCUGUUGUGAUUGUCCUCGCAUUCCUCUCCUUCUCAGCAGUGUGAUUGCCAAUGCUGCGUGAAGAGGAUGCGCUGCUGCUGGGGCAGAUGUUAUGACAGCUUCUCAGGUGUCUGCACAGAGGCCCUGUGUGUGCAUGGGCCUGCAAUCCCAUUCCUGGAUUCAAGACGGUGACUAUCUCUUUGGAAUCCCCCAAAAGGAGGACACUCGGGAAUUGUUGAUGUCUUCCCUGCUACACGACUAGUUCUGUGUCUCUGAACUUGAGAACCUUGAUGUACAAUGUAAUAUUGACCACAGGCUACAGGUCACACGGACUGGCCUGUGUUCUCCUCUGAGUGAUGCCUGAGAGUCAGCUCCUCUAGGCACUGAAUGCAAGAGACUGUCUGCCUCUUCCUUUGUAGCAUCUCUGUCAUUAAUUCAGAAUCCAUUCUUUUACAAUAAGUAAUGAGAUAGACUGAAGUGUGGGCUAGAAUUUGACUUUAUGAAGGAGGUCAUUGCAAAGGCUAGAGAUCAUUGACAUAGGCAAAUACGGUAAACACUUCAGAAGCCCUUUUCCGACAGUUGGUUGACACACUAAUUAGAAAGUAUGCUAGCCUGGCCACUCCAGUAAGUUCCCUGCAAUAUCUGUUAGGCAGUGUUGCUUUGAUACAGUUCCUUUUGUCUUAUAUGUAUUCAAAAGCCAUAAGCCUUCAUUCCAGUAAAAAUAUUCUGUUAAGUUAGACAGUUCUCUUCCACAUGAAUGUUUAGAACAGCCUUGGCAAUUUUUUUUUUCACUGAACGUUUCCUAAAAAUGCUCCAUGCCUCCUUUUAGACUUGGGGGUGGAGUGGUAACAAUGGGUUGCAACAUUAUGAAGCCCACGGCCAGAGUCCUGUGUUUAUAGGGGAGGGGAACAAUGCAGGCGACACGAUCGUCCCUUUUAUCUACAACGUCAGUAGCUAUGAGUGUUACUUUAUCAUGAACCAUGUCCCGGAACUACUGUCAAUAUGCUGAAUUUACAGGUGGAGUGGAUUCGAUUUGACUUUUAAAGCCUGAAUCAGUGUUCUUGAACUUUCCUCCCUAACCAACAAUGUAACUCCAAGGCUCAGCAAGGAAUGAAGGGAGAAGAAGGAUGGAGGCUUGUGGCUUCUCUAAGUGAUGGUGGUGUCCUCCUAUGCCUUCUCCCUCCCUCUCCAGGCCUAGAGACUAGAAAUCAUGGGGAGGGGUGGGGGGGACAGUGAUAUUGCCCAACUCGGGGUGAAGCAUAUAUGAACGUGGUCCUAGUAUUGGGCAACACCACAGUCCUGAGGAAAAGGGGCAGCCUUUCCCACAUGGUGGGCUGGUGUGUUCUCCACCGGCUCACUGGGCACCAGUGAGGGACACAUCUGAGCAGCCUGGGCUUGUAGGUGGAUGAGGAGACAUGAGCAAUGAUAGGAACAGGUGGCAACUCUCUAUGAAGCUGCUUCCCCAGGGGGAUCUGACCCAAAGCAUAUCCUCUCAACUGGGAAGAGUCAGAGAGAGGGAAGUGAUACCCUGAUGCUUGAGUUUUCAAGGCCAGCUGUCAGCCCUGGCCCCAGCCAGUACUGGGCAGUAUUAGGAAUAAUUGUCCUUUGUCCUCUGAGGUGUCGUCUCAGACUACAACUUAGGAUCAACAUGUAGAACACUUCCUGCUCUCAUUCAGGUGAACUGUAGAGUAGAACUCUCAAUAGACUAAUACAAAUAGCUUCUGACUUUUAUUUUUUAUGUGCGACAAUUCAAACUCAUACAGUUUUCACAGCUCUUGAAUUAAAUUUGGAAUCUUUACAAAUUAUUUGGUUAGUAUUAGGUAGGGUCUCUGAUGAGUAAGGAUUUUCCUCCAAGCCUCCUCUAACCAAAGAGAGAAUCUGAGUUUCUCCCCCUUAUUACUAUUUUUUACCAGCUCUGUAAAUACCAUAUGUUUCUGUAGUCCCCCUAAUUUCAAGUUCUAGAAUUAACUGUCAAAGAAGCUACCUUUGUCUACAUGGGAACUUAGCAUAAUUGUCAUCGAAAGGAAGAAGUCCUAUUUGCUUGGUGUCAAAAGUUUCUCGUUAAGAAAACUGACUAAAUAUGAAGUAAAAUGUACUUCUGGGUACAGUGCAGAAAUGUAAAAGCAGUUCAUGAAAGAAUACUGAAAUAACAAAAACAUAGAUUUUGUCCCUUCCUCUAAAUGUUCCAAACGAUAGCACAGAGUUGCUCAGUGUUAAUACUUAACAGAAGUAGGUGCUGAGCAUUUGCAAGAAGGAUGCGCCAUUUUCCUGCAGUUCUUUUCUGAUCAUUUUCUCAUGCACAUGAAGGCAGCCUUAGGUUCUCUGAAUUCGCCUGGUAGCUUAACCACAAUACGGUCCCUUUUUUUCCCAAGUGGAUUCCUGGUUAAGGCGGGGAGAGCAUCUCAGGAGACUGAUAGUGGGUCUUCCUAGAAGCAUGCAGGGUCCUUCUGUUGAAGGACUGAUCAGGUAGCAUUCAGAGUUGGGUUAUGAGUGCCACUAAAUAAAGCUGGAUCCUCAGAUAGUGAUGGAAGAAGGAUCUUUUCCUUAGUAACUGUCUUGGGGACAGUGUGUAGAGGUGAGUGCCAGGAUCCAGUCUUGAGCUCCCUUCUAGACUAGGAAUCAAAACGGAGGGUUGCCCAGAUAUGGAGCAGAGUGUUCCCUGGCUGAAUUUUUUUUUUUUUUUUUUGGUGCCCAUAGUUUUUAUUUAUCUCCACCAUAGUUUUUGUUUAUACAUGUUCUUUCAUUCCAUCCUCACAGCAGUUCUGUGUGGUGGGAAGGUUAGGAGUUAUCAUUUUCCCAUUUUAGAGUGGAGAGAUGGGUUCAGACAGAGAUGUAACUUCAAUUGUGGGGCCAGAUAUUCUGCCUGCAAGUCCAGUUCUCAUUCCUGGGACUUGACAGGACAUUUGGGUUCCUGGGAGAGCUAGGCCUUUAUAUUUCUGAACUAUAUAUAUAUAUAUAUAGGCAUUGCUUUUACUAUUAUAGCACCUGUGUCUUUUUAUACUCAUCUUUUCACUGUGAUAUACCUUCUCCCAUCACUUCUAGAAGGAGCCACAAGCAACCAAAAUAGAUGGAGGUUAACUAGGGGAAAUAGGUAAUAGUCCAUCCAUGACCCCAGACCUAAAAUUGCAGCUGGGCCCUUAAGAUUAAGACCAGAACAAAAGUCAUUACCUUGAAAUUCCAUAGUGGAUUGGAAUAAAGUUAGUAUUUAAAUUGAUCUUAAAGGAGGUAAAAAAGAAUUCUCAAGGCUCCCUUUUUUGGCUAAUCUCAUAUCCCGAUUUCCUAACCCUUUAAUUUUUCCAUUCCCUUCAUCAGAGAGAAAACCAGUGGGUAGUAGACGUCAAUCAAAUGGUGUUUUAAGGACCAUUUGCCUCCCACAGCCAUCGUUGGUUAAACUCAAGUGCCUGAUUUUGGAGAGGAAAGUGCGUGUGGAUUUUUCUGUGUCCGUUUGUGGGCAGGUGAUGCAGUGGGGCAGGUCAGUUUAAAAAAGUGUACGUCCAUUGUUUCAGAAAGAGAGAGAAUGACUGAGUCAUUCUGGUGCCGUGUGUGUGUAUCCAUACCCAUACUUUUUGGGCAUAACUCAAGGUUACCAAAAUGGGGUCAAACUAGGCAUGUGGUUUGUAACAUGCAUUGGACACAUUUUUCAUGUCAAUCAUGAUGGCAUUAAAAGUUGGUACCAUAAUUUAUUUAACUAAUACUCUGUUGAGUAUUGUGCAUUUAGAGUAUUUCCAGAUGUUUACUAUUCUUACAUAUGUCUGUAUAAUUGUAUGCAGUUAUCACUUACGCUAAAUUCCUAGACUUGAAGUUGUUGGAAUGAAAACGAUAUACAUUGUAGAUUUACUACAUAUUGUCAGAGGAAUCUCAGAAAGUUUAUACCAGUUUAUGUUCUCACCAGCAGGAAGCCUCAACAUACCUGGGCAUCGUUGAUAUUCUUAAUCUUGAUUAAUCUGGUAGGUGAAAAAUGACCUUUCAAUGUUUUGUUUGCAUUUCUCUGACUAAUUUGCAUGUUGACUGGUCAUUUGUAAUUCUGUUGUGGUGACAUGCUUUUUUUCUCAGUAGUUGGCUUGUCUUAUAUUGAUUUGAAAAAGUUCUUUGUAUUAUAGUAAUUUUCACUUUUAGCUGUCACACGUGUUGUAAACAAAUUUUCUACUUUAUUAUUUCCCUUUUGACCUGUUUGUGUCAUGCACUGCCACACAAAAACUUUAAAUUUGUGUAGUCAAAUGUAUCAGUCUUUUUCAUUAUGUAUUUUGCCUUUGGUACCAUGCUUAGAAGGACUUUCCAAUCUCAAGGUAAUAACUAUAAUUCAGCAGUUAAAAAAAAUUUAAAUCUUUAAUCCAUCUGAAACAUUUUAGUAUAAGGAAUGAGGUCGGGAGGGGUCUUUUUUUAUUCUUGCUAAAUGGUUUAGCCAGUUCUAUGAAUAUUCCUUGACUGUUAUUUUUUUCCCCUCGUGAUUUGACUCGUAUACUGAAUCAUAUACUAGAGUCUAUUUCUGAACUUUCUCUUUUGUUCUGCUGAUUUAUUUCUGUGCCAGUACCACCUGCUAUAAGUUUAAAAUAGGGGGUUUUUUUUAGUACCAACUAAAAGUAAGUUACCACCCUUUUCCUGUUAAUUCUCAGAGUAUUCUCAGGUUUUAUUAUAUAUUUAUUCAUGUAUACAUAUUUAUUAUACGUAAACUAAAGAAUUAUUUGGUCAAGUUCCCCCCAAAAUCUUCAUAUUUUUCUUGGGGAUGUAUUAAAUAAAGAGUGCUCUUAUCCCAGAACA